UUAUUUGUCACAUUUAGUCCUCAUUAUUUGGUGUUCUUAGAACCACCCUUCACCCUCCUUCCCUUCACAGAUCCUUAAGCUCACAAAGGUUAACUGGUUUUUCUCACAUAGCCAGUGAGUGGCAGAGGAGGCUUCAGACUGAACCGUUUUGCUCCAAAGUGGAGUUCUUUUCAUCAGACACUUCCUUUGUCUAGGCUAUUGGCUGGAAUUGUUCUUCAGCCAAACCCUAACCCCAGAACAGCUGCUUCCUCAAUUUCUCCCCUUGAGAACUCUCCAUUUGGGUUCCGUUUUCGAGCACAGUGUGCUCUACUUUGCUUCUGCAUUGAUCACAUCAGAAAUGAAAUACAGCAGACAUUUUUUGAGUGGUGCAGGGGGAUGAAUACUUGGAGUCAAGAGCCUUGGGUUCUUGUCCUGGCUCUGCCACUAUUGGCCGUGGAGCCUUGAGCAAGUCCCCUGUCUUUUCAGUGCUUUAGCUUCCCUUUGAAUAAAAAUGGGUAAGUGCCUUCUGACUCUCAGGCUCUUGUCCAGUUCUUCCUUCCUGUCCUCCAGCAGGCUCUCCGUGGAGGCCCGGACCCCUCUCCUCCCCAUGGGCAGCUGCCAGGCAGGGCACAACCUGCAUCUCUGUCUCGCCCACCACCCACCUCUGGUCUGUGCCACUUUGAUCCUGCUGCUUCUUGGCCUUUCAGGCCUGGGCCUUGGCAGCUUCCUCCUCACCCACAGGACUGGCCUGCGCAGCCCUGACAUCCCUCAGGACUGGGUCUCUUUCCUGAGAUCUUUUGGCCAGCUGACCCUGUGCCCCGUGAAUGGGACAGCCGCACGGAAGUCGCGUGGAUCUCACGUUGUAGGCUUACUGACCACCUUGAACUUCGGAGAUGGUCCAGACAGGAACAAGACCCAGACAUUCGAAACCCAGGUCCUGGGUAGUCAUAUUGGAUUGAAAGGAUCCUCUGCAACAGAGCUGGUCCUCAUUACAGCCAGGGUGACCGCAGAGAGGACCCCAGGAACCUGCCUGUAUUUUAGUGCUGCCCCAGGAAUCCUGCCCGCCAGCCAGCCCCCCAUAUCCUGCUCAGAGGAGGGAGCAGGAAAUGCCACCUUGAAUUCUAGGAUGGCUGAGGAGUGUGUCAGGGUCUGGAGCCACGAAGGCCUUGUGCUCACCAAGCUGCUCACGUCGGAGGAGCUGGCUCUGUGUGGCUCCAGACUGUUUGUUUUGGGCUCCUUCCUGCUUCUCUUCUGUGGCCUUCUCUGCUGUCUCACUGCUGUGUGCUUUCACCCGCGCCGGGAAUCCCAUUGGUCUAGAACCCGGCUCUGAGGGCGCUGGCCUAGUUCCCAACUUGUUCUCAGGUGUGAAUCAACUUCUCUGGCCUUUGUUCUGAGUUCGAAGAAAUGUUACAAAAAAUGGAGAGCUGGAAUGUGGGGGGAAAUAAAAGGCUUUUUUGCCCAA